AUGGCGCCCGCGAUCGCUGCCACCCACACCGCUCGCCAGCCCGACGUCGGUUCAUUGGGACCGCUGCGUGCACGCUCGCUUCUCCUCGCGCGGGAUGACGCCGACAAUGUAGACCCGAGCAGGGGCAUAAUUCCUCCACACCAAAUCAACAACAAUGCGGUAUUCGCGGUAUUCGCGCUUCUCGGGGUCGCUUUCGUGGUCGGGGGGAUCUGGUUCUUCUUCUGGGCCAAGAACGGCGGCUUCCACUUCAGAAAGGACGACUGGGACGACUACAAGUCGACAGUCCUUCGCCGCAGGGGCCCCAACGGCACCCUCCUCUCGGGCGCCACGCCUAGCACGGCCCUCGGCGGCGGGAGCGUUUACAAGGACGUGGACGACAAUAGCACCGAGGACGCGACCACGGUGGUGAGCGGGACGACUAACAUGACGGGCAUCACCGGGGGCGUGUCGGACAUCUACGGGCGCGAGAAGCGGCGCAAGAAGCGCGAGCAAAAGGAGCGCGAGAAGGAGCGCCGGCGCGAGGAGAAGGAGCGCGAGAAGGAGGAGCGCAAGCACGGCAAGUCGAGCCGCAAGGUCGGCGCCGACGGCAUCCUGAUCGACGAGGAGGCCGAGUCCGAGGCCAAGAAGCACCUCCGCAGCUACCGUCACGAGAAACCCGCCCGCGUCGGCGGCAUCAACAAGCAGAGCGAGGCCAGCACGUGGGACGGCUCGACCAACCCGAGCCAGUCGACCGCCAGCGGGAGCGGCGUCGGCUCCACCGACACGGGCAGCACCGUGACGUCGGAACUCAUCAGCCACCGCGAGCGCACGCCCACCAGCACGCCCACCAAGAAGGACGCCGAGCGCAGCAGUGGCGCCGCCAGCGGCAUCAGAAAGGUGUAUUCGACCGCGGACAAGAACGCGAGCCGCGAGAACGAGCGGCUGCGUUCCGAGGCCCGGAGGCUGCGGCGCGAGGAGAAGGAGCAACGCGCCGCCGCCGCCGCCGCCGCCGUCACGCAGCGACGCGACUUUAGCUGGCAGCGGGCCGACGACGUGUCUCUCCGCCCCAUCGACGAGGCGACCGAGAGCAUGGUCAGCGGCACCUCCCGCACCAGCGCGCCGCGGGCCACCCGCGUCCCGGGCAGCUGGACCGAGAGCGACGUCGGCACGGGCAGCGAGGUCGGCACCAAGGUCUACCAGCACCCCGUCCACAUCCCCGUGCCGUCGUCGUCUUCCACGGCCACCAGCGACUUUGCAUAUCAAGAGGAGAAGCGCAAGAAGCGCGCCGGCGCAGGGUAUAGGCGGACCCGCGGGGGAGAUUCCGAGAGCGGUGUCUGA